AGGAACGUAAUUCCGUACGGUGACGUCGGCCGGCUGCUGCUGACGUGGCCCUCUCCGUAAGCAGCGUCAGUCAGGGACAGGUUUCGGUGCUCCGGGAGUUGCUGCCGGUGGUGACGCAGACGCCGGAGACAUGAGUGAGCCCCACAAGCAGGAUAUCGCCGCCAUCUUCAAGCGGCUGCGCCUCAUCCCCACCAACAAAGCGUGCUUCGACUGUAGCGCUAAGAACCCGAGCUGGGCCAGCAUCACCUAUGGCGUGUUCCUGUGUAUCGAUUGCUCAGGGACACACAGAUCCCUUGGAGUGCACUUAACUUUCAUUAGAUCAACAGAACUAGAUUCAAACUGGUCGUGGUUUCAGCUGCGGUGCAUGCAAGUAGGCGGGAACGCCAACGCAACUGCCUUCUUCCGACAACAUGGCAGCAGCACGAAUGACACAAAUGCCAAAUACAACAGUCGGGCGGCCAUUCUUUACAGAGAGAAAAUUAAAACCCUUGCGACACAAGCCACGCGCAAGCACGGGACCGAUCUCUGGAUUGACGGGUGCGGGGCUCCACCACUGUCACCCCAACAGAAGGAAGAGGAUUUCUUUGCGUCACACGUAGAGGUCAGUAGUGCAGACUGGGAACAGCCCCAGAUUCCAUUUGAGCCUUUAGUGGAUAUUGCUCUGGCGUCCGCCUCUGACAGCGGAGAAGUUGCAGGUGAACCCGAGGUGGGACCGAGCGUGGACUGCCUCAGUAUGUCCCCAAAAGCCGCACUAGCUGAUUCAGGGAAUUUAUUAUCUGCAGGAAGCACACCUACCAAAGAUGUCGGCUCAAUAAUAAAGAAGAAGCCAGCUACAGCUAAGAAAGGGCUUGGUGCUAAGAAGGGGGGGCUAGGCGCCCAGAAGGUGAGCAGCAAGAGCUUCAGCGAGAUAGAGAAACACGCACAGGCUGCCGAUAAGAUGAAUGAGCAGGAGAAGGUGAACACCAGCAAAAAGGCCGAGGAGCCUGUCGUGGCAUCUCUGCGCCUGGCGUACAAGGAGCUGGAGAUACAAAAGCAGAGAGAUGACGAGAAGAUGAAACACAUGCCCGCUAAGAAGAAGGCUGAAGCUGAGCGACUGGGAAUGGGUUUCGGCAAUCGCAGCGGGAUCUCCCAUUCUGUACUCUCUGAAAUGCAAAUCAUAGAACAGGAAGCCCCAAAAGUCGCCAAGUCCAAGAAGAUCUACCAAGAGGAGGAGACGGAGGAUUUCCUGUUUGUCUCCUCUCGGUCACGGUACCGGGAAGACCCACCUGAGCCGGCCAGCAGUUUAUUUCUCAAUUGGGAAGAUCAGUCUGACGAUUUCUGGAAGAAGAGUUUGUCCAACGACGACUCCAGUACGACCUUCAGCUCAAAGAGCAGCAGUUAUGAUGAUAGACCGGCAACUCGACGUAAACAUGACAUAGAACCGACCCCGGUCACUGACGAUGCCCAGAAAAAGUUUGGAAAUGCAAAGUCCAUAUCUUCAGACAUGUAUUUUGGAAAGCAGGACAACGCUGAUUACGAGACGAGAGCCCGGCUAGAGAGACUCUCCGGAAGUGCGUCUAUCAGCUCUGCCGACUUGUUUGAUGAGCAGAAGAAACAGUCUUCAGCAAAUUACAAUUUGACCAAUGUCCUGCCGUCAGCUCCAGAUAUGGCAAACUUCAAGCAAGGUGUGAAAUCUGUGGCGGGCCGGCUCUCUGUGUUGGCCAAUGGUGUUAUGACGUCGAUCCAGGACCGAUACGGAAACUGACCCAUCAGGUGUACAUACCAGCAACGCAUGUACUGCACACCAAGGGAAGGUGCUGGGAAUUCUGGGACAUUUUCCCGCACAGGGUAAAGGGAGAACCCACAGAUUUUGUGUCCUUGAAUGGGAUCCCGUGGAGUAAAGAGAUGAUCUAUGGAUUUUUGUUUUGAUUAUUUCCGCCCCUUAUCCUUUUUUUUUUUUUUUUUUUUUUUUUUUUUUGCACCCAGGUUGUACGGUAAAAUCUGGGGCUGAACAGCUUCUCAUCAUUCUGAUCUUUCUCCCAAAAAGACAUUAACGAUAUUUAUAAAGAAGCAAAUUUUAUUCCAGGACUGCUGCAAACCACGGUAGUUAUAUGGCCCCUAUGGAUAAUCGGGCUAUAUAGAUACGCCAGACACCACUUUGAAUCUACGUAAUCGUCUGUCCCUUUCAGUCCAAUAAAUGUCCGACUUUUAGAGAAUGCUGAGAGGCCGCGCUAUGGAUAAGACCUUAGUCGGAUCGUUACUGCACAGACCAAAGCUUAAACGUUACUCAGGUAUUUAUCACAGUGAGAUAAGCGACUUGUAUAUAAUUAUCGAAUGACCAGCCACGAGCUUUGCACGACAAUCGUCUCCAUCCGCAGGCAGGUCAGCCCGGGAAUCCUUAUUAGUUCUAGAACCUAAGAUCUUCUGUAUCUUACCCACCUAGCCCCUUACAUUAGACAUGUCCCUUACGUACACUGCGCAGACGGCCACUUUGGGAACCGCACAAUACACAUACGAUUACCAAGAGCGUGAUAUUAUUGUUCAUCGGUGCAUAGGCCGCGUGUUGCGUCUCUAACCUGCGGGUCCCUUAGUAUAGUUAAAUGUAAAAUUAUUUAAUGCAGAGUGUGAGAGAUGGAUCACUGAAGAAAGAACUGGUGGCGAUCAUAUUUAUGUAAUAUCUGUAAUCGCUAGCUGUUCAUACCACUGUAUCUGAGUGUAUCUCACACCUAGAGCUACGUUUAUUCCCAUUUUAUUAGGUUUGCGCUCUUCUUCGUCUCCCACCGCCAUUUCAAUUUAUACCUGAAUUUUCCAUAUAAGACGUCCUGUGUUUCCACCACUGCCGCGAAGUCUGCACGGUGGCUCGGAGAACGGUUACACGAGUAUAAACCAUCGGGAAUUUACAGUGAUGACAGAUUUCGGGCCUGUUAGUCGGGAAUCUCAUUUUAAACCCAUGGCCCAGCGUACAGAUUUACAGUACAUUUUGUUUUAAUUUUGGUUUUCUGUGCUACGGUGGAACUACAAAUAUCAGCAUAUCUUGAAAGCCUCUUUCUUGUAGUUUCACAACAGCUACAGUGACUUGCCCUACAAACUCCCGAGAACAUAGCUGUGCUUUUCAGCCAUGUUGUUAAAUCAUCCUGCUAGAUCGUGUUUCGGUUACCGGAAUACAACCCAAAACUACCUUGCGUUAAACCAUUCUGUCUCGCUUGGAGAGAACAGCUGGGCCACAUCCCGGAGACACACAGAGGCCGAUAACUUAAGUUGCCGGAAGGCACGACACCCCUGUAAUACAAUGCGCUUCUGAGUCCAUUCUCCUGAAGCUUCAGUAAAACUAGUGUAAUUGAAUGGAGAGAGAUUUGAAGCCAGAUCGAGCACAAGGAUUUUUAAGAUUUGGAUUUUAUAUUGAUCAGACAUUUGCUGUGUUUUAGACAGCAUGAUCUAUAUUGUCAGACUCAAUUCUAUGCAUUUUUACAGCAAAGUUUUGAUCUGGAAAGCAAACGCUAUGUUUAUUUUCUCUGUAUAUUUGUCUAUUUUGUUAAUCAUUUAAUAGACAGACGCCAUCUUUGUAAUAAUUUGUAUUCCGUAAUAAAACAGAACAUUGCAACAGUA